UUGGAGACGCCACCAGAUAAUAACUAACCUUAAAAUAAUCCAAAAAGUUUAAAAGUCAUUGUUUGAAUUAUUCAUAAAUAAACCACCUUUACGGGAAUAUUUCGUUUAAUUUUCGUUUUAAAAUAAAAUUGGAAAUGUCUACAAGAAAGCUGCUAGACUUUAGGAACCUGUUGAGUGAAUCGAAAAACAUCGCAAUCCUAACAGGGGCCGGCGUAUCGGCGGAGUCCGGUAUUGGCACCUUUCGGGGCCCCUCGGGAAUGUGGAGGACUCAUAACGCCGUCGAUUUGGCGACACCUACGGCGUUCGCCUCAAAUCCGUCGCUCGUAUGGGAGUUUUAUCAGUGGCGACGGUCCGUCGCGUUCAACGCCAAGCCCAACGACGCCCACCUGGCGCUCGCGAAAUUCGAAGAGCGCUGCAACCGGGAGAAUCGGCAGUUCACCUUACUAACGCAAAACGUCGACGGUUUACACAUUAAAGCCGGUUCGAAGAACGUUCUCGAGAUUCACGGCUCGAUACGGAAAGUCGUGUGUACAAAGUGCAAGUUUGUCGACGAAAAUUUGGACCAGCCGAUCUGCGAGGCGCUACGAGGAAGAGGGGAUCCUAACGGGGGAAAUCAGAGCGCGAUUCCGGUCGGCGAAUUGCCGAAGUGCAAGAGAUGCUCGUCUUUGGUACGGCCGUUCGUAGUCUGGUUCGGGGAGAAUUUAGAUCGCGACGUUCUGAAGAAGUGCCGUAAGGUCGUGGAGACCUGCGACUUGUUUCUCGUGGUGGGAACGUCGUCGGUCGUAUAUCCGGCGGCUUCGUUUGCGCCGUUCGUCGCCGAUAGAGGGAAGCCGGUUGCCGAAUUUAACAUCGAGGAUGAGCCUGCGUCUUCGACAUUUCAGUUUUACUUUGCAGGACCGUGCGGAACUACCUUACCGGCGGCUUUGAGUGAAGAGUGAUUGGUGGUGGAUUUACCAGUGGGGACCAAUGCCUCCAUUUUUUAUUGCAUAUCAAAUAAAUAUAUUAAAGCAAAAAGUGACCUUAGCUUAAGUAUACCAUGUACCAGGAGAAUGUAAUGUUGGAGGAGGUGUUUUUGCUCCUAAUACACAGACCGUCAGUUUGCAAA